AUGAGCUCGGCUGCUUCUCCUCCGCACUUAUUUUUCUCCGUGCCUGCUCUGCAUGCGCUUCGCGCGCCAUUGGCGCUUUGCUCUCCUCUUAUUCUUCAUUGGACGGUUCGGCCCGUCCCGGCUCGCGUCGUUCCAACAACCGGCGGGGAGCACCUCAGUAUACGAUCGCGCGCAGUAACUGGGAGUCCUAUUACACCUAAGGCGAACUUCAAUUCACCAAACCAAGGUUCAUCUCGUGUAGUGAUUGUGGACUCUACUAAGGAUAUUGAGUAG